AUGAGGGUUGGAACCAGUUUCCUCGCACUCUUUUCAUUGCUAUUGCUUCUUUUUCUGCCACUUUCAAGUUCUCAACUUUUACCAGACACUGGCAUCUCAUCACGCACCCUUGAUGCCAUUCUUCAAGAUUGUGCCUUUAAGGCAUUUUCGAGGCCAAAAACUGGGGUACCUUAUGAUGCUCAAGUGCCCAGAAACCUAACUGGGGUUAGAGUUUCAGCAAUGAGGCUUAGGAGUGGUAGUUUGAGAACAAGGGGUGUUGAAAGCUACAAAGAAUUUCAGAUCCCAAUUGGGGUUGUUGAGCAACCUUAUGUAGAGAGGCUUGUUUUAGUGUACCAUAACUUAGGCAAUUGGUCUGAGAAGUUCUACCCAUUGCCUGGUUACUCUUAUUUGGCUCCUAUUUUGGGCCUAAUGUCUUAUAGUGGUGCCAAGUUGUCAGCUUAUGAGUUGCCUGAAUUGGAUAUUAGAGCUUCAGAUAACCCAAUUUUGAUCAAGUUCAAUGAUGUGAAAAAAGCACCAUCAGGGUCAGUGCCUAAGUGUGUGUACUUUGAUCUACAUGGUUCAGUGCAAUUUGACAUCCUAGUACAUGGUAAUGUGUGUUCAACAUUCCAACAAGGACACUUCUCUAUUGUUGUGGAAUCCAAUGCUCCAUCACCAGCACCUGCUGCUGUUGCUGUUGCUGCUGAUGUUGGGGGAUAUAGUGGGAAGAACAAAUCCAAGGUUUGGAUAAUUGUUGCAUCUUUGGUUGGUGGGUGCAUUUUGUUGAUCAUGUUGAGUCUAUUGGUGGGAAAAGUGAGAAGAACCAAACAAGGGAUGAAGAUUCAGCAAUUGGAAUGGGUAGCUGAAAGCAAUGAAACCUUGCAUAUGGCAUCCAUUGGAGGCACCAAAGCACCACUGGCAGUGGGGACUCGCACAAGACCAACAAUUGAAAAUGAUUACAUUCCUUAG